CCGCCUCCCGCCCCGUCGUGCUGACGCCGGGCCGUCCUCCCGUGCCGGCGUGCGGAUGUCUUACAGGAUUUCGCUGUGCUGAGUGCUGUUUUGGUUGCUAUGUGAAGAUACAAGCCAUUUAAAAGCCUUCUCCACUUCACUGCUUUAUAACCCAGCCUCUGUAACAAUCAUGGUACAUGGGAAAAGAAUCAGGAAACAGUGGUGAAUUGCUUCACUUGGCUAUGACUUUUAUUUAUCGUUCCUCUUGAAGAGUUUUAUGAGCUUUUAUUUGAAGACAGACUAAAAUUGGUGCCCUCAGCUUGAAGGGCUUUCUAUCUUACCCUGUGCCUUAAACAUGGAAGCUGUAGAAAUGAAUAGUGUGUCCUUGAAACGUCCUCACUCUGAGGAUGAUGUGGCCAGUGCAGACGAAAUUAAAAGACAGAAGAUAUUGGAGAAGUCUAAGGCAGGGAGUGACUCUGGGCAGAGUAUUGAAACUGUAACAGAACAACUCAAAGACAUGAAAAGUGAAAUGAUCCCCAAUGAUGAAAGUGAGGAGCAGGAAGAAGAGGACCUAGGGGACAGUGAUGAAGAUGGAGAUCCAGAGAGCUUUGCAGACAUGAUGAAGCAUGGACUGACAGAAAGCGAUGUUGGCAUAACUAAAUUUGUUAGCUCUCAUAAGGGGUUUUCUGGAAUCUUAAAAGAGAGAUACUCAGACUUUGUUGUCCAUGAAAUAGGCAAAGAUGGAUGUGUGAGCCAUUUAGAUGACUUUUCUGUUCCAGUGGAUGAUGAGGUAAAUUUUGAGGACCCAUCAGAAGAAACAUUUACAGUUCUGUCAGACGAAGACAAGCAGCGUUUAGAAGAGCUCCAGCUUUUUAAGAAUAAGGAAGCUAGUGUUGCCAUAGAGGUAAUUGAAGACACCAAAGAAAAAAGAACCAUCAUCCAUCAGGCUGUGAAGUCCUUGUUUCCAGGACUGGAGACUAAAACAGAAGAUCGAGAUGGAAAGAAAUACAUUAUUGCUUAUCAUGCUGCUGGGAAAAAAGCAUUGGCAAAUCCAAGAAAGCACUCUUGGCCAAAAUCUAGGGGAAGCUACUGCCAUUUUGUACUGUACAAGGAGAAUAAGGACACUAUGGAUGCCAUUAAUGUCCUAUCCAAAUUUUUAAGAGUGAAGCCAAACAUAUUUUCCUACAUGGGAACUAAGGAUAAAAGGGCUAUAACAGUUCAAGAAAUUGCUGUUCUCAGAAUCACUGCACAAAGACUUGCUCAUUUGAAUAAAUGUUUGAUGAACUUCAAAUUAGGAAAUUUCAGUUACAAGAACCAUCCACUGAAAUUGGGAGAACUACAAGGGAACCAUUUCACUGUUGUUCUCAGAAACAUAACAGGAACUGAUGACCAGAUAGAGCAAGCAAUGCAUUCCCUCAGGGAAAUUGGAUUCAUUAAUUACUAUGGAAUGCAAAGAUUUGGAACCACAGCUGUUCCUACUUAUCAAAUUGGCAGAGCUAUUCUACAGAACAACUGGAAUGAAGUAAUGGAUUUGAUAUUAAAACCACGACCAGGAGCUGAAAAGGGAUACUUAGUCAAAUGCAGAGAAGAAUGGGCAAAGACUAAAGAUCCAGCAGCAGCACUCAAGAAACUACCUGUAAAAAGGUGCGUGGAAGGACAACUUCUACGUGGACUCUUAAAGUAUGGAAUGAAGAACAUAAUCUCUGCAUUUGGCAUAAUACCAAGAAAUAAUCGUUUAAUGUAUAUUCAUAGCUACCAGAGUUAUGUGUGGAAUAAUAUGGUGAGCAAGAGAAUAGAAGAAUACGGGCUUAGAGCUGUGCCAGGAGAUCUCAUACUUAAAGGAGCCACAGCUGUUCACAUUGAAGAAGGAGAUGUUGGUAACUACACUAUCCACGAUGUAGUGAUGCCAUUGCCUGGAUUUGAUGUUAUUUAUCCAAAGCAUAAAAUUGGUGAGGCCUACAAGGAGAUGCUGGUAGCUGACAACCUUGAUAUCAACAACAUGAGGCAUAAAAUCAGAGAUUACUCACUUUCUGGAGCAUACAGAAAGAUUAUCAUUCGGCCUCAGAAUGUCAAUUGGGAAGUUGUUGCAUAUGAUGAUCCUAAAAUACCAUUAUUUACUACGGAUUUGGAUAAACUGGAAGGAAAACCAUUACCAGUUCUCCCUACGGAUGGCAAAUUCAGGGCACUCAAGAUGGAGUUCUCCCUUCCCCCAUCCACUUACGCUACCAUGGCGAUCCGAGAAGUUUUGAAAAUGGACACAAGCAUAAAAAACCAGACACAACUGAAUACUACCUGGUUGCGCUGAAUGAACUGCAAAAUUACUUAAUUUUAACAAAGUGUUUUCUUAUUUACAUGUUCUGUACAAAUCUUUAAAGAGUCACAGUAAGAAAUUUGUAUUUUUUUAAGUUUUUUAGUGCUGGCAUUUAACUUCAAUAGUCCUUUGCAAGAUGGUAACUGUAAUAUAAUACAGAUUUUAGUGACUGGUGCUUUUUACUGAAUGAGUAAGUUGCUUGAGCUGUAACAUGAGUGCAUCUUUAGAUUUGAGCUUAUAAUGGCAUCAUACCUGGAAGAAUGUUUAGCUUGCUUUCUCUGGGCAAGCACUGAAUGUUUUCACGAGUUCAGCCCACCCUGAAAGUCUUCUCAAAUACAAUGAAUUAUAUGGAGAAAGAUGAAUUACAAUAAAAUUAUACUGAUGAACAUAGGUAUUGCUAGAGUUUUGCUGAUAGCAUUUGCACUGAUGCAGUAGCGGAUUCUGCUAGCAAGGCUUUUGUGAGCUGCAAAGCUGUACAGUUCUUUUAAAUAUUUCGACUUUUCAUUGAGAAAAUACCUGUAUUUUCCAGCCAAUACCUGUACCAAAGAACAGGUACUUAAAAAUAAAUUAAUCUGAAAUUCU